GGCUGCUGAAUGACCUGGUCGUGUGCACUGUGGGAACAUCUCUGCUCUCUGUGAUCUCUUCAUCACGAGUGAAGACAGUGGAAAUGGGGAACGGGACAACUGUCCAGGAGUUUACCCUGGAGGGAUUUCCUGCUGUCCAGCGUCUGGGGAGGCUGCUCUUCUCAGUGCACCUGCUGGCGUACCUGGCCUCCAUCACAGGCAACGUGGUCAUCGUCUCCGUCGUCUGCACCAGUGCCCAUCUGAGAACCCCCAUGUACUUUUUCCUCGGCAUUUUCUCCUUCUUUGAGUGUUGCUUUACCAGUGCUGUUAUUCCUAAAUUGUUGGCUAUAUUUCUUUUAGGGAAGCAAACGAUUUCCUUUGUUGCCUGUUUUAUACAAGCCUUCGUCUUUGUAUUCAUUGGGGCCUUUGGCUUUCUUCUCAUAGCCGUGAUGUCAGUGGACAGGUGUGUGGCUAUCUGUAAGCCUCUGCAUUAUCCCACCAUCAUGAACCCGAGGACCUGCACCCUCCUCAUCACCGCCUGCCUUGCUGUGACCUUCGCCUUUAUCACUUGGAUAGUAGUGAAGGUGUCCCGGUUAUCCUUCUGUGGCCCCCAUGUCAUCCCACACUUCUUCUGUGACCUUGGCCCCCUGAUCCACCUCUCCUGCUCAGACACCAGAUCUGCGGAAACUCUGACCUUUGGCCUUGCUUUGCUUAUCCUUCUCUCGUCCCUCAUCGUCACCAUCAUUGCGUACAGCAGCAUAGUAGUCACAAUUGUGCGUCUCCCUUCAGCCCGAGAGCGACAGAAAGCUUUCUCCACCUGCUCAUCCCACCUCAUCGUCCUCUCUCUCAUGUACGGCAGCUGCGUAUUUAUAUAUGUGAAACCGAAGCAAACAAGCAGGCUGGAAUCCAACAGAGAGGCUGCUCUUGUGAACACAGUAGUGACCCCGCUUCUGAACCCUGUCAUCUACACCCUGCGCAACAAGCAGGUCCACCGGGCUCUGAGGGAGACUGUGUGCAGAAUAAAAAUGUCAAGGUAAGAAAACAUCAUGUGUUCUUGGGGUGGAAAUCAUCAAAAACUAUUUUUCUCUAACUUAAC